GCCACUGGUGAGGGUACCCUGCGCCUGCGGUCCUGCCUCUGUCGCGCCCGGCUCCCCUCCACCGCACGCUCUCGUUCCUGCGAACCCUAGUAGGGAGGAGAACGCCGCCGGAGCCACCUUGCCGGACCGGAAACAGCGAAUCGGAUCGCAUCAAAGCUGCCUAGUCAUCCCCCCCCUCCCCGACCGGAACUCGCUGCAAUCCGUCGCAGGUCGCCGGGGCCGUGGACGCCGGGCCGCCGUCGCCAAACGGAAGACGCUGCCUCCUAGCCGCUGCCGCAGGGAGGUACCGUCUCGGGGCCGCAACUGCAGGGGCGAAUUGUCGCUCAGCAGGCGGUCAGAUUCAUGGCGCCCACGGAGACUUAUGCAAGGGACGACGAUGCAAAACUUGAGGCCACACGUGCAAGGCUGUCAAACAUCCUCAGAAGGCAUGAAGAUCUGAAAGAGCGCCUUUCACGGGAUUCUGAUAAGCUGAUUUUUGAGCGCCUACAGAAAGAAUUUGAGGCUGCACGAGCUGCUCAAACCGAAGAGAUUUCAAUAGAUGAUGAUGAGUGGAAUGAUGGUUUACUGGCAACCAUCCGUGAGAAGGUAUUUAAUGUCCAUAUGGAGGCUGAUAGGAAGGCCAUGGCCAACCAAGUAAAUGUUCCAGCAGAUCUUCCAUUUCAAUCAAGGACUACAUAUAGGAUUAGAAAUAAGGUUAUCUAUUGCUUGGAUGGAGCGAGGAUUGGCAUACAGUAUGAGACAUUCUUUGCUGGCGAGCCUUGUGAAAUUUUUCAUUGUGUUUUGGAAAGCAAGUCAUUCCUGGAAAAGAUGAUUGUGAUUGAACACACCUUGCCUUUCUUUCUGCCCAUACGUGAAUUAGAAAGUGAUCUCUUGUCAUCUAAUUCCAUUAAAUUCAUUGAUCAUCUUGAAGAAAUUUUACAGGCUUAUAUUGACAGGAGAGAGCAGGUUCGUCUUAUCAAGGAGCUCUACGGGAACCAAAUUGGCGAGCUGUUCCAUAGUCUUCCUUACAAUAUGAUCGAGUUUGUAUUGGAGGAUUUUGAGUGCAAGGUUACAAUCAGUAUCCGAUAUUCGGAUCUACUGCAGACCCUGCCGAGUCAAGCAAGGGUCUUGGCUUGGCCACUUCGCUCGGCCAAGAGAAUAUCCACAAGAAGCAGCAGUGCAUCAGCUGCGCAACCAGUACCUUUUCACCUUUCAUACGCCGAGGAAGCACUCAAGACCUUGUGUCUACCAGAAGCAUACGCAGACAUUGUGCUGGAGCUACCUCAUGCUCUGAAGAGGAUUUUCUCCUCUCGGGACAGUGACUGAAUCCUGACCUCAAGGUCUCUGUAAGAUUCACAUCUCAAUCUUGGGAGGUGGGACAGGUGUUUGAAGAUAUAUUGUUGAGAAUCUUGUGGUAGUAUAGCCUGCAGUUGUGGACUGCAAUUCCUGUGAAAGCAAGGCAGACACAUUUGCUCCGUUGACCGCUCUAAGGUCCAGCCCGUUGCGAAAAAAUUUUCGAGCUACUGUAGCAUUUUCGUUUUUAUGUGGCAAUUAUUGUUCAAUUAUGGACUAACUGGACUCAAAAGAUUCGUCUUGUUAAUUACAGAUAAAUUGUGUAAUUAGUUAUUUUUUUAUCUAUAUUAUGCAUGUGCUGCAAAAUUUGAUGUGACGGAAUUUUGAAAAGCUUUUGGCUUUUGGGAGGAA